AUGUUCUGGAAGAACAUGAAAAAUGAGCCGCGCCAGGUUCUUAACUCGACACUAUGGCUUUCCGUCAUUGUCUUUGGUCUUCUGGGCUCUGCCCGAGGUUUGGACGAAGGCAUGAUUGCUGGAACAACUUCACAGGCCUCCUUCGAGCAUCAAUUCAAUCUCAAAGACCCCACAAAGACCGCCAACCAACAGGCCAACGAGCUGUCCAACAUCACAGCCAUGGUGCAGAUUGGGUCUGUUGGAGGGGCUCUGAUAGCCAUGUUUGUGCAGGAUCGAAUUGGACGAAUCAGAUGUCUGCAAGAGAUGAUCAUUCUGUGGACGGUGGGGGUCAUUAUAGAGGUGACUUCCUACUCUCAAGGACAACUAUUGGCAGGACGAUUCGUGGCGGGACUUGGAAUCGGCCAGUCGGUGGUGGUUGGGCCCACCUAUCUGGCUGAAGUGGCCCCCAAAAACGUCCGAGGACUGUGCACUUGCAUCUUUUCAGGCUCAGUCUAUCUCGGCGUCAUGUUGGAGUACUUUGCCAACUACUCCACCACUUUGCACAUGUCUCCAAACAGCCGAAUCCAGUGGGUGCUGCCGACUGCUGUGCAGUUCAUUUUUGCAGGUCUUUUGUUCAUUGGUUCGUUUUUCAUCAAGGAGUCUCCACGGUGGCUGAUGAAGAUUGGUAAGGACGAACUGGCAGUGGAGACACUAUCCAAGAUCAGACACCUGCCGGUGGACGAUCUCUACGUCCAGGGAGAAAUUGUAGACGUGAGAGAACAGAUUGAGCGAGAGAAGCAGGCGCUCAGCGGAACCAGCAUAUUGUCUCUUCUCAAGGAACUCGUUUCCACCAAGGCCAAUCGAUAUCGCCUGUUUUUGGGAAUCAUGGUACAGCUCCUGGGACAGUGGUCAGGGGCCAAUGCUGUGACUGUCUACUCUCCAAAGUUCUUCUCCAUGCUCGGAAUCCCCUCGAAAACGGACCAGAUGAUGUACACAGCGGUUCUGGGUGUCAUCAAGUUCACCUCGGCCAUCUGCUGUGCCUUGUUCCUAAUUGACACCAUUGGACGCCGAAGAAGUUUGUACACGGGCAUCUGUCUGCAAUUUGUCUCCAUGUUGUACCUUGGCAUCUAUCUCGCCAUUGUGCCUGCAACAGUUGGAGUAGAUCGAUCACCGUCCCAGAAGAAGGCUGGAGGAGCCGCCAUUGCUGCCAUCUACCUGUCUGGCUGCGGGUGGGCUCUGGGAUGGAAUUCGAUCCAGUAUCUGAUCAACGCAGAGAUCUACACCGUUCGUCACAGAUCUCUGGCGUCGGGAAUCAUCAUGGUAUUCCACUUUGCCAACCAGUACGGCAACUCCAAGGCGCUUCCGUUCAUGCGGUCUGGUAUCACCGACCAUGGCAGCAUGUUCUUUUUUGCGGGAGUGUUGCUUCUUGGACUGGCCUGGUCGUGGUUCUUUCUGCCCGAGGUGUCUGGACGGUCUUUGGAGAGCAUUGAUGAGAUGUUUUCGCUGCCCUGGUACCAGAUUGGAAGACGGGGACACAAGCUGGUUCCUGAAACGGGCACGGUGAUUCAGAUCCAGGAGGAGGAGGAGAAGAAAGGAGGUGUUAUUCAUGUGGAGAAUUGUUAA